AUGGCCUCAGCAGGGGCCCAGAGGCAUCCUGAAGCCCAGAAUGGGGAGGCAGUAGGAUUAGCCCAGGUUGCAGAGAUCCCUGAGUGUCCAGGACCAGGAGAAAAGUGUCUGGUGCCAGCACGUGAGACUUGCAGACCCCCAGGUGAAGACAAGUGUUCAGUAGGACACAGCUUCGAGCCGGAGCUCCAGGAGGAAGGAAUAAACCGAGGAGAGGAAGGACUCAAUCCAGGGGUGGAAGCAGGAGAGGAGAGAGGACCCAAGCCUGCAUCGUCCAUCGUGAGGCCCAGUCAUGGAACCAAGAGAAAGCCCAUCAAGCCUCUUGUCCCAGGCUUGGCUACCACAGCCCUCCCAGGGCCAAGCUACCAUGCCCAACCUAGGGCUGAAGCUGAACUGCCACCCAGGAUGCUGCUGCAGAAGGAGGAGCCAGAGGGCAGCCACAGUGAGUCUACACUGCCUGCUAAACAGCACAAGAAAGCCAAGAAGCGCAAGAGCGUAGGGGCUCCUGUGCCCCCAGCUGUAGCCAAUACAUCUGCACCCACGGAGACGCUGGGACUGGAGCGAAAAGCCCAGCGUCUGCGGCCACUGUACCAAUAUAUCAACUAUUGCAACCCCGAGCUGAAUCAGGCAGGGGACGGCGACGGAGAGCCAGAGGUGGAGCCCGAGUCGGAGUUAGCCCCGGCUCCUGAGGAGACAGGUGUGGAACAGCUGCACUUGCGGGCCUUGGUGCCCGUGGCAGGUGAGCUGGGCUUAGGCCUCGCUUUACCCUGCCCUAAUGCAUUAGUGCCUCUCACGCACACCCUUCCUUCUCUAGGGCAGGAGGUUGGAGGGGAGCCUGGGGGGUUGUCCAGUCGGAGGGUGAGUAUCAGCCUCAAGGCUGAGGUGGAUAAGACAACCCAAGUGGAUAUUGACAAGAUGUUGAGUGUCUGUGCUGCCCCUCUUGUGCCCCCACUUUCCCCUCAGUACAAGUGACAUGUCUCUACCCUGGGCCUAAACUAGGGCUGUGAGUUCAGGCUGACAGGUGGAGGGAAGAAUUUAGUCAUUUUUAUCUAU